AUGCUGAAGCUGCUGAAUCAAGCAAUGGUCUUCGCUCUGCUCCUGAUCGCUCUUGGAUUUGCCAACAAUGGGACAGCAACAAGAGGCAUUUACAACUACCUCACAAGCUCCUUCAACCUUGAAGAGGUCGCUACAAUCCAGUACUUCGACACGCAAGAUCAGGGCAAUGUACAGAUAUUGGGGUCUCUGCGAUCUUUCACUGCUCCUGCUGUCCUCGGCAGUGUGCAGCUGAGCAUCCAAGCGCCCGAGGCGAAUCUCCUUUACGACGUGGAUGAGGGUCAGCGCGGACUUCACCAGCGGAGUUGCUGGGGGUGGUACUUCGAUCGCUUUACGGGCCCCCAAUUCCGAUACGGGAUGCAUGAUACGUUUCCGAUCGACAUCUGGAACAUUAACAACAGACUUGAGCAACUAGAAAUUAAGCUCCCGAAACCUCGCCCGAUGAUCAUUGAUGAGUUUGCUCUGAUGACUAUGAUAGUGACGCAGAAGGCGAGUGAUAGUGCACGUAUGUCACGUACUUUCCUCACCUUCCUUCAGGUCGUCCUGUUCUACAGGAACACAGUGCUUCUCGGCAAUAUUUCUCUCCCUCGGCCACUCACAGAAUGCUACAACACGGAAGGAAUCUUGGUUGGCCAGGCAAACAUGGAGCUGGGUCAGCUUCGCUUCUAUCCCAAGAGUUUGACGGUUUCAGACAUUACUGAGAUCUUCCAGUACGGUAUGCGCUUGUCGGACAUGUCGACAGGAUCACAGGCAUCGGAUGUGAGCGAAAGCGAGAGCUUGGCAACGAAGCAGGAGAUCCUUGGAUCCAUAGCGCAGGUAGAGUCCCUCAUCGGCGAACGCCAGCAGCUGCAGGGCGAGGCGCUCCUGUCGCAGACGUACCCUGUAGGGGUAACGGAAACCAACUGCUCGCACAACGGGACGCUGAAGUUGUCGUGGGACUCUCUCAUCAAGCGAUCCUACUACUCUCUCAUAUCAGACCCUGCGCGCCUUUCCAAGACCAGCGACACUGAUGCUCGUUACCUCAACAACGUGCCCUCGUUCCAUGGCACUGGGAUGACUCUCAGCUUCUGGUACCGCCACGUCCCCUGCCUGGCCGACACGUGCGGCGUCUACGUCUUCCAGGCGGGACAGUUCCCUCCUCCUUCAGUGGCCUCGCAAGCGAACGCGAACUUCAACUCGUGGUGCUGGAGCCUGUGGAUCGAGAACCAGGCCUUCUGGAUUGACGGCGCUCCUAACUCGGGAUACCUUCACUUCGCUGACUACGGCAUCGACCCCAAGUUUGGUUUCUCGGGCGACAAGUAUUGGAGGCACGUGGUAUAUCAGCUGGACGAAACCAACAACAAGGUUCGCUUCUUCCUCGACGGCAAGCUCGCCAUGGAGAAGGACUGGGGAGGAAGCAUCGCUCAGGCUGACUGCCUUGGCCCCUACAAGGAGAUUUCUAUCGGUCACGCAGCCCCGGGCUACACCUACGGGGCUCCGAUCGAGCUCUACGAUGUUCGCAUGUACGUUCACAGCAUCAGCGGCAUCCUCACCGCCCAGGACAUUUGGAGGGAGUCGAUCCAGUUCGCCCCUGUGCUGGGAAAUCAUCACUGCUUGAAUAUCUCCAGCCCUGACAUGCAGGACGAUGGCAUCUGGUCAGACCCCUACGGACACGAGUGCUCGUGGUACUACCAGGCAAAGCAGAGCACUCCUGCCGUCUGCUCCUCCUCCGAGGCUCAGCAAAACUGCCCAAACUCGUGUGCGAGCAAGCAGCAGUGCUUCAAAGACUUUGUCGCUACCUCUUCCUUCUUCGUGUGGGACCGAACAAGGUUGAUCCCUGCUCAGUCGCCGAACGGCACCAUCUGUCUGGGCAGCAGCUACUCCAAGGCCAGCGUGGUGGCUGAAUGCCGAAAGUGGGCGAGCGGCGCGAGCUACAAGCAGGAGCUGUUCCCCGAGUCGUGGAAGGCGAGCAUGGAAACCACGGGGAAAGCCCCAAGGCGAGCAAGGCGAGUGAACGUGACGGUCUGUGACGAGCUCGAGGCCUCGAUCGAUGAGUACUGCGGGUUCGACAUGAAGCCGGUGGAGGAGUUCACCAAGAAGAUGCUGGCUGAGGGUGGAGACUUCACCAUCUCCUUCUGGGUGAGGCCGGUGGGCACAAACUCGAUGCUGGGAGACACCGGGAGGUUCUUCCCGCACAUCAACUUCUUCUCCUCCUUCUCUCCCCCGCAAGAGAGCUUGCUGUUCGGUCUAUGGGCCAACCCCAACGGAGAAGCAAGGAUCACCUCGAAAUGCUACGGCAAAGGCUCGCGUGACCCGUACUGGAACAUCGAGUCUAAUUCGGAAUACAACAACGAGUUUCCUUUGUGCUUGUUCAACUCUUCGGCAUUCUUUAUGGGUAUCGAGAUCAACUACCCGAUGCUCAUCUCGCCCAUCAUGCUCACUCCCCAGGCCCUUCCCAUGGCGGUGGUGCAGCAGCAGUUCCUUCAGAACCAGAAGCAGAUGGACAUUCGCUCGGGCCCGACCGUUGACAACCGCGUGCGGGUCUCGACGACCAUCCCGGUGGUCAAACAAGACUUCGCUCCUCGCUCGGCACUCAUGGCAGCUCCCGUCAUCUUCACGAGGAGGGGCAACGGGAGCCUUCAGUGCGGAUUUGACUACAGCACGACAUGGAUCGAGAACGAGCACAAGCGAGCCAUCCAGCAAAAGUGCGCCGCUCCCUUCCUGUGUAGCGCCGCAACCCUCAGCGAACCGACUUCCCUCAUAUCCUGCCCGAUGGAGAGCUCGUCGUUGUCAGUGUUCUUCGGGCUCAAGCCCGUGGACUUCAGCGGGAGCAUGGGCUACUCGGACUUCCUGUACAGCAUCACGGAGAACGACUUCCUGUACCGCAGCAACUCCGACGGGCAGGGGGAGAUCCUCAUGACAAGCUCGUUCAUCGACAGCCUCACAGAGAGCGUCCAGGUCAUCCUCGUCUUCUUCACCCCCACCAACGGCAUCACCACCGUCCUCUCCAUCGCCGCUGACUUCGCCAGCACCGCCACCGUCUCGGUCUCGUACAAGAUCCAGCACUUCGAGGCGCUGGAAGGAGGGCGACUGAUCGGCUACAUCACCGCACAGGCGCUUGUGCUCAUCAACGUUGCGAUACUCCUGACCAACGCCAAGCGAGUGUUGCUGUGGAUGGCUCGGCGAGUUCAGAGACGAGGGGGAGGAGAGGAGGAGGAGAAGGAGGGUUCCUACAGCUCCUGGUUCACCACGUGGGUUGAGAUCCUCUCGGCUGGCGCUGUCCUCGUCUACAUCUGCUUGAGCUUCCGCAACAAGAUCGACUCCGCCAACUACACCAAGUCGCUCCUGCAGCAAUUCGGCAGCAUCCCCUGGGCCAGCCCGGAGGUGUCGAUAGAGAGCAAGAAGGUCUCCUUCUUCCGCUACGUCUCGGACCUUCUCUCCACCAUCGAGUGGGAGGCAAGUCUCAACACUCUCUGCAACAUCAUCCUCGUCGUCAACCUCCUCCGAGUCAUCCAGUGCACCUCCCUCCACCCUCGCCUCGCCCUCCUCACUGGGACGCUACAGCGAGCGCUUGACGACCUCUGGCACGCGGCGCUGCUUACGGGGGUGCUCAUGAUGUGCUUCGCGGGGAUCGCAACGUGGAAGUUCGGCAACACCCGCGACGACUUCGGGACCUUCGAGGUGGCGCUGCAGACGGAGUUUGAGAUGCUCUUCGGUCAGUUCCCUGCUGACUGGACAUCCACGAGAGAGAUGCAGCUGUUCACGGUGCUCUACACGCUCAUCGUCUUCCUGCUCAUCCUUAACUUCCUCCUCGCCAUCAUUGUCGAAGCUUAUAUGGGUCUCAGAACUGCCGUCAUGGAGCUGGAGACCGAGCAAGAGUUUCUUACUGACCUGCUCGACUGCUUCCACUCUCUCUUCUACCGCUGUGUGUACGGCUGGCCCUCCUCCAAGAAGCUGGGAAAGGUGCUGGGAGAGUGGCAGGCAAAGUUUGCCAUCAGCUUUGAGGACUUGCAAUCGACGGGUCUGUUCCGCAACAAGGAGGCGAUAGGAAAGUUCAUCAAGUUCUACUCCAAGUUCGACUUCCUCGAGGCCCCCGUGGUCGGCAAGUACGGCCUCGACCCUUCCGUUAGCUUCGAGUGGCGCGACCUGGGCGACAACGCCAAGCUCGCCUACAAGAUCAACAAGAGCCUCCGCAGGGCCCUGGGGAAGCCGAUGCUGUGCCUGCGAGACGAGCUGCGCAAUGCAACUGAGAGGAAGGAGGCGAAGAAGAAGAAGCAGGUCGAGCCAGGCGAGAGCCGAUUGAACACUUGGGGGCUUGGAGGGAUGUACAAGUCAAGGCAUGCCUGA